GAUCAUUUAUGAGGUUGGACAUCGGUAAAUAGAAUAAGAGCACCUGAUGCCAAUACACAACUGGACAUUUUUAUUUUCCCGACUUAUCAUUUUUUCCAGUGAUUAUUCCUAUUGUCGUGACCUUUGGACUAAUUGAGAAAGUUUCCAGCCCAAUUUAUUAUAAAAACAACAUAUUCAGGUAGAGGUUCAGUAUUCAGAGAAAAGCUGAAACACAAUCAUCAUGAAGGUCUUCGUUGUUCUUUUUGCUUGCCUUGUAGCAUCUGCCUACUCAAGACAAAUAGUUAUCAAAUAUGUGCCAGAAGACGGAGUCUCCCCAGUGGAGGUACAACCACCAAAAGAGAAAAGCUUCAUAUCAGAGGCUGUUUCCGGCGUAGGAGACUUAGCUGCUAAUACUGCUGAUACUGCAGGAAGAAUUGCACAGGGCGUUGUUGAAGUGCCAGCUACAUUGGUGUCCAAAACCGUCGAAGAAGCUGGAAAAGGUGCUGCUGAAGCUCUCCGAGAGACUGCCAGAGCAGCUGCAAGAGCUGUUGAACAUGUAGAACGUGGAAUUGACAAUAUUUUUGGCAGUUGGGACAAAUAGGCAGGAAUUUUAGUAUAAUGUGUUUCGAUGUUGAUUUUAAUAAAAUAAUUGGUGUAUA